CUAAUAUGUCCGAAACCUAAAGAUUAAAAGAGUAAACCUCAUCGUUUCCCAUAGCCUCCUCCUCCUCCUCCUCAUCUUUCAGCAAAGCCGUUCGCUACUCCGUCUCCGUCCAAGUCAACAUGGCGCCGAAGAAGGAUAAGGUUCCGCCGCCGUCAUCGAAGCCGGCGAAAUCCGGAGGUGGAAAGCAGAAAAAGAAGAAGUGGAGCAAGGGAAAGCAAAAGGAGAAGGUCAACAACAUGGUGUUGUUUGAUCAGGCUACUUAUGACAAGCUUCUCACUGAAGCUCCCAAGUUCAAGCUCAUCACUCCUUCCAUUCUCUCUGACCGUAUGAGGAUAAGCGGGUCGCUAGCAAGGAGGGCGAUUAGGGAGCUUAUGGCGAAAGGUUUGAUCAGGAUGGUCGCUGCUCACUCGAGCCAGCAAAUUUACACUCGUGCGACCAACACCUAAGAUGUUUGUUCUUGAUCCGACUUGUGCUUGAUUUGUUUUUCAUACCUCAUGGUUUUGUUAUGCGGGAACUCGUUAGAAUCUUGUAUUCAUCUGCCUUUUUUGAUCACUGUUUUCAUCAGAUUUUAUGGUAUUUCUUUUAACAGUUCCUCGUUGGUUUAUUUAUUUACGAAAGAAUACUCCAA